GUUAAGGGGUCGUUGGAUCCUUGUUAUAAAAUGAUCUCACGCGGUCCUCGUCCCGGUGACAGUGUCAGACGGUCCCUAACCGAGCAGGCUGGGUAGUUGAUGCUGGAUCACCGAGCGGCAGCGGCUCCCUCAGUCCGUCGCUGCGGUCCCUCACAGCGGACACACGUCCACAUCCUCCCCGGCGUCCUCGGCUGUUGCUGUGCGGCUCUGAGCUGGAGGCUGGACGGUUCGGCCGGAGCGGGCUACGGCGGUGCGGCCACCCGCGGACAUGAGGACACCCGCCACGGCGGCUUCUUCCGAAAGGCGGACCUGGAACCUCGUCGAUUUUCACCGAGCUAAAGAAUCGUCAUGACCCUUUUCCUGCUGACCAAUCACUCCUUAUCUGAGGGACCUGGGCCCUUUCUGAUUUCUGGACUUAUCAACGCAGAGAUGAGAUAAUAAAGUCAACCAGCUGGUGCAUGCUGCUACAACAACUCUUGCGGCACUUGUAAACCCACCCCACCCUGCCUCCAACCCCUCCCUGAGCAAAAUUAAUUCCAACUGUGGAAACAUGACAACACCGGCUCUCCUGCCGCUGUCGGGCCGCAGGAUACCCACUCUGUCACCGGGUGCCUCCUCCUUCCCGCACCACAGAGCUACGCUGAGGCUCUCUGAGAAGUUCAUCCUCCUCCUCAUUCUCAGUGCCUUCAUCACCUUAUGUUUCGGGGCCUUCUUCUUCCUCCCGGACAAUUCCAAGCACAAGCGCUUCGACCUGGGCUUGGAGGAUGUGCUCAUCCCUCACAUUGACUCGCCCAAAGAGGGGAAACAUGCGUCUGGACAGGUGGUCAUACAUGGACAGGGAGGACAUGACGAGCACAGACAUAGGGAGGAGGAGGAGAACCUGCGGGACAAGAUACGGGCAGACCACGAGCGAGCGCUGCAGGAGGCAAAGGAGAAGCUAAGAAAGUCACGUGAGGAGCUGCAGGCUGAGAUCCAGACAGAGAAAAACAAAGUGAUGGAGGACCUGAAAAAGAAGGAUCCGGGGCCUAAACCUUUGCCACCUGUCCCCAUGCCUAAGGUGGUGGGCGUCAGUGACGGAGAGCCACCAGAGCCUGACGUCAAAGAGAAACGAGACAAGAUCAGAGAGAUGAUGAAACAUGCGUGGGACAGCUACAGACAGUACGGCUGGGGUCAUAACGAGCUGAAGCCACUCGCCAAGAAGGGACAUUCCACUAAUAUCUUUGGUAAUUCCCAACUAGGGGCGACCAUUGUGGAUGCCUUAGACACCCUGUACAUCAUGGGUCUGCACGACGAGUUCAAGGACGGACAGGAGUGGAUCGAGCAGAACCUGGACUUUGGUGUGAAUUCCGAGGUGUCAGUGUUUGAGGUCAACAUUCGUUUCAUAGGAGGACUGCUGGCCGCCUACUACCUCUCUGGACAGGAAGUUUUCAAGCUGAAGGCGGUCCAGUUGGCCGAGAAGCUGCUUCCUGCCUUCAACACUCCCACAGGAAUCCCCUGGGCCAUGGUCAACCUGAAGAGCGGCGUUGGUCGGAACUGGGGUUGGGCGUCGGCAGGAAGCAGCAUCCUGGCGGAGUUCGGGACUCUUCAUAUGGAGUUCGUUCACCUCACGUAUCUGACAGGGAACCCUGCCUACUACCAGAAGGUGAUGCAUAUCCGGAAGCUGCUAGCCAAAAUGGAUCGACCCAACGGGCUGUACCCGAACUACCUGAACCCCCGUACGGGCCGCUGGGGUCAACAUCACACCUCAGUCGGAGGACUCGGGGACAGUUUUUACGAAUACCUGCUGAAGGCGUGGCUCAUGUCAGACAAGACGGAUACGGAGGCUCGGAAGACGUAUGACGACGCCAUCGAG